AUGGCAGAAGUGAGGGGAUGGGUGCAUAAACACAGAGGCCCUGAAGUCCCAGGAAGCCAAUGGAAGGAGGGAUCAGACCAAACAAAUCUCAUUUAUUUUGUGGCCCUUGGUAACCUCUCUAGGUCACGCCCCCUUUUCCACCAGCCACACCCCUCACUAGCCCUGCCCCACAUCCUCCUUGAGUGUUAUUGCCUGGCUGUAAAUGUGUCCUUGAACUCAGAUAAUGCUGCUUGACUCACUGGAUGGAGCAUAGAGAAGGGUAGGUGAGUGUGUGUAAAAACAAACCAAAUGUGCAAAGGUAACAUUUGUAUUCAGUGCUCUGCCCAUUUUUGCCCCUGGCCCCAGUGCUAGGGUUGCAAGAUCAUCCAUAUUUCAAUGUAGACUGCUACAUCCUGUAUUCAAUACAGGAUACUGAUUGUCUUUUAUUUCUGCUCCUCCCUUUCUGUCUCUAGGCCAAGUUAGGGAUUCUCUCCAAAUGCAUCUGUGUGAAAGAGUGUGUAAAAGGUCAUGUAUUUAAGCUCUGGGGUAACCAAGCACAGAUAGAUUUACAAAUUCACGUGCAUGUGUGUGUGCAUGUGCGUGUGUGACAAAUUCCAGAGAGGCCAUCCUGUUAGGGUACAAUAGAUUGCAAUAGAUUGCUUUGAAGUCACUUCAGCACGAGAUGAAAAAAAUAUCACCCCCAAACCAUCCUGCCACACCCUGUCCUAUAUUUUGCCAGAACAAAGGUGGCAGCCCUAGGCCCCACCCACUGCCAGCACAUGGCCCCCAGAAGGCUGCUCAGAAGGAGAUGUGGCCCUUGGUCUGAAAUAAUAGGCUCCCUGCCCCUGGAACGAAAGAACCAGAAAGCCAGAAAGCCCCACCACCACCCACCCACAGAAAGAGUAAGAAUACCUGGCAUUUACAAAAUAAUAAUACCCGACUGACAUUACACUUCAGAGCGUUGGAAGCACUUUGCAUAGCAUUACACUUCAGAGGAGUAAUCUUGUCACCAAUUACCAAGGCUGCAUGAGUGCUCCCUCUUCUUACCUUUGCAGGUAUCUGAAGAGUGACAGCCUUGACUGUUUUGCAAUCUCCUAGCCCCACUUGGAGCAAAAUCCCCUCUCAGCUACACUGGAGUGUUUUGCCACUGAGGCAAAAUAGAAAGGGCCACUUCUCCCCACGCUGACAUCCCCUGCUGUUGACCCCCCACUCUGAUGACAACUUUCCCACUGAUUCCACACACAUACACACCCUGGCAAGGUGGGAUGGUUAAGGAAGAGGAGGAAGCAAGGAGGGGAGGAGGGGGAGGUUGUGAGUGGCGAGCGGCGCACUCCUUGUGGGCCAGUAUCUGUAGACCCUCCCAAUGGUCCCAUGCCCGUCAACCUGAGGCAAUUGCUUCACCUUGCCUCCUGGGCAGGCUGGGCCUGCCCUGAACCCCCACCCCACCAGAUUGUAGAGGUGAGCUAAGGCCAAUGUGAAGGAAAGAUGGACAAAUCUGCCACUGUGCAGUCUUAAGUUUGCUCCAUUUGCAGUUUCUUUUCAACUCCACAUGCAUUUUAUUGCCACCCAUUGUAAUGUGAGCCAGUGUGGGGUGGGGGCUAAAGUGUCAGACUAAGAUCUGGAAGAGCAGGGCUCAAAUCCCCAGUUUGGCCAUGAAGUCAUGGGAGAGACUUUGGGCCAGUCACUGCCUCUCAGCCUAACCUACCUCACAGGGUUGUUGUGGGGAUUAAAUGAGGAAGGGAAGAACCAUGUACACCUUCUUGUGCUCUGUGGAGGGAGAAAAAGGUGUGGGAUAGAAAUGCAGCAAAAUAAAUAAAUGAAUACAUCAGCAUGUGUACAUAAUUUUGCUUAAAAUAUGCACUUUUUGCAAGAACUGCUCCUCCAAUAGAAUGCAUCAUUAUACAUCAUUUCCGAUAUUAUUUCCAGUCUUCAUACAUAUCUUACACAAAUGCACAAAUCUCCUACGGCAUUCUUUAGUUGGAGAUCUCCAUCGGGAAAUUCAGGCAAGUUCCGGAAUGGGGGAGAAAUUCAGUUGCACUGAAGGCAAAUCAAUCAAAUUCAAUUUCUGAUCCGAAACCAUACAAGCACCAAAACACAGCCAUCCUCCAGAAUCUGCACUUAUCUAGCAUUUGGUGGCUGUUCUUGGCAAUUCUAGGAUCACUCAAUGCAAAAAACCACAUUUUUAACUGAAAUUGCUCUGAAGCCUGUCAUUGUUUUUAGAAUGUUUUGAUCUUUUGCUUUGUUUUUCAUUUUAAAUUGUGGAUCUGUUUGCCUCCCUGUGCUCCCUAGGGGUGUGAUGGUUGAGGGGAAGGAUAAGAAUAUCAGAAAAGCCCUGCUGAAUCAGGCCAAUGGCCUAUCUAGUCCAGCAUCCUAUUCUCACAAUGGCUGAGCAGGUGCCUCAGUAGGAAGCCUGCAAGCAGGAGCCAAGCAGAAGAGUACAGUGGUACCUCGGGUUAAGUACUUAAUUCGUUCCGGAGCUCCGUUCUUAACCUGAAACUGUUCUUAACCUGAAGCACCACUUUAGCUAAUGGGGCCUCCCACUGCCACCGUGCCGCCGGAGCACGAUUUCUGUUCUCAUCCUGAAGCCAAGUUUUUAACCUGAAGCACUAUUUCUGGGUUAACAGAGUCUGUAACCUGAAGCGUAUGUAACCUGAAGCGUAUGUAACCCGAGGUACCACUGUACUUCCCCAUCCUGUGGCUUCCAGCAACUGGUAUUCCAACCUGAGAUAAAUUCAAUAAAUUGACGAUGAAAUAACUGAAUUUUGCAGUGCAGUUCUCCAACCAACUGGUGUUACAAAACUGUGUGUGUUAGGGAAAGUUUGCAUUAAAAUGAAGGUGUUCAGGGAGAAAGCAUACAACAUGCAUUAGGGGAGGUUGCUUGCAAAAAUGUGUGCAUUAGUCAAAAUGCCAUACGAAAAUGUAUGUUUUUGGAGAAAUUUGCUCUGAAAUGCCAAUGAAUUUUCAUGAGAUUUUAUAUACAAACACAUUGUUGCAGAAAUAGAUCAGUUGGUUAAGAGCAUGGUACUGAUACUCCCUGUAUGGAUUGUACAAGGUUCAGUCCCUGUAUGGGACAGCUGCAUAUUUCUGCAUUGCAGGGGGUUGGACUAGAUGCUCCUCAGGGUCCCUUCCAACUCUAAAAACUCCAUGAUUCUAUUAUUCUUUCUCUAUGAAAUGUAAGGAAAUUACUUCAAGACCAGGAAAAUAAGGCAAAGGUUGCUGGCCUCUGUCAAGGACAUGGCAGUGAGGCCAGGCCAGACUCUGCAGCCCAGAAGCACCCCCAGCAGAAGGCAGGCAAGCAAGGAAGGACGGGGAGCCAGGGGUGGGGCCAUCCAGGACAUGCCUGGGGGGUGGCGCUGACAGUCCCCCGACAGGCUGUUCUGCCACCUAUGCCGGGGUGGGGGAGGGAUCCCCACGGAAGCCACCACCUGCAUGGGGGUGCCUGGGUGCUUCCUCAGAAUUUUGCACCCAGGGACACAGCCCCCUGCCCCCCUGCUAUGCCACUGAAAGGGAGUGGCCAUAUUGACAGAUUCUUCCAUCUCUAGGGAAUUUUGAAUUUCAAAGGAGAGACCUGCUUUUGUUCCAGAAGUGGGAUGAACAUCUGAGCCCCAUGGGAAUUCCAGAGGGUGGUGACAUGAGAAGAGUUUUGUUUUUUACUGGUGGCUCCCCACCUGCAGAAUGCUGUCCAGGGAGGCUCAGCUGGCACCAUCAUGGGAUAGCUUUUGGUGCCACGCAAAAGACUUUUGGCUUUUAAAUUAUCUGUGGCCUCUAUGUCUGACUCAGAUGUUUUCAUCCUGCCUUUAAAAAACAGGAUUGUCUUUUUUAUGCUGGUUUCAAUUUAUGUGGUUUCAUAGAAUCAUCAGGUUGGAAUGGGCCCAAGGGUCAUCUAGUCUAACCCCCGGCAAUGUAGGAAUCACAGCUAAAGAGUCCCUGGCAGUGGUCAUCCAACCAACCUAUGUUUAAAAACCUUCAUUGAAAGAAAGUCCACCACCUUCUGAUGUAGUCUGUUCAUUUGUAAGUCGCUUUGCAUUGCUUUGGUUUUUAAAAAGUCACAAUAAAUUUAAUAGCAAACAAUUUUCUCCACAUCCCUAGGAUAUCUCCUGUCCUACCCGCCCUGCCUUCAACUCAUGAUGUGAGCAUUUGUCUCUGCAAGUAAUGAAUUGUGACGUUAUUCGUUGGAAAGUGGAUUGACAGUGUUGGGAUGUCCGUGUUCCUCCUCCCUUUCAUAAAUUUAAAAGGAUGUCCUUGAAAAGGCAAAAUUAACAGCAGAUCAAAAAUGACAUCCAGACUCAGCCGCAAUGUUUGUUCAGAGCUUUGGUAAAUCAGAAACCCCAUCACAUGCAAUCAUUUCAGUUACAAACCCUCCAACAUUUCUCCAAUUAAAAGAGGGAUAUCCUAUUCCAUACCCUCCAACGUUUCCCUGAUGAAAAUAGGGAUGUCCUAAGCAAAAAAAAAAAAGGACAUUUCAGGAUUAAAUCAGAAACCAGGAUGACUUCUGAAAAUCCAGGACUGUCCCUGGAAAAUAGGGGCACUUGGAGGGUCUUGCCUCCCCAUUCUGAAGGAGGAGCCAGAGUGGUCCAGCUUUAGUGGGGAGGCUGUUGUCAAGGCAACCAUGACUCACCCAGCCCAGCCUAUGUGACAUCACUCACUGCUGGCUUCUAGGGACCAACUGCAACUGAUCAGAAGUUGGCAGUGAGGAGCAGGAGUGAAAGAGUUGGCAGUGAGUUUGAAGCCCUGGCCCCCAAUGAUCAGGUCCAUUGCUGCAGCCCUCCUCUGCCUCAUCUGGACUUCCCUGAGGUGGGCUGGGCAGAGAGAGGGACUGGUCCAAGGUCACCCUGUGAGCGUGGUGGCGGAGGGAUGGCUUGAACCCAGGGCUCCAGUUUCUCAACUUCUCCCCAUUCUCUCCUAGCUUCAAGAGGCUGUGAGAGUUGCUGCAAGAGGAACAAGGUCCACCCCAUGGUCUCCAAGAAAGAUCCUUGUGGGUCACCAGGAGGUGGAAACAGGCAAGUCUGGGGCUCCAGGUGAGCAAUUGUUCUGUUGCUGAGAGGAAGAUGAUUGCGAGGCCUGUAAGACUCUGAUGAUAAUGGAGUCCGGAGGAGACUGACCUCUGCUUUGAGGAGACUUGGAGGAAGGCAGAGGUGGUUACUUUGUAUUUUACUUUAUUUUUGACCUUUUUCCUUUGUUUCACCUGCAGAGUUGCCAGCCCAGGGCCCACCGUUGGAGCUCCACUCUUUGAGGAGGUUCACGGUGGAGCCCUUGGAAAGAUGAUCUUCAUGUGGCCGGGCGAACUUGGGAAGGGUACCUCAGCCUCUACCAUCUUUGGCAUUUAAAGCCGAGCUCUGGGAGGCAGUGGGGGGGCAGUGCUUGGAUAGGACAUGCCAACAUGCCCCCCAAAGGCACCCUGGGGGCUGGAGAGACCGCCUCUGGUGCCCACAGGUUCACCUUUCACCCCCACCGAAAUCAGUCUUGAAAUGAACAUCUUUUGGUAGCCAACAGAAUAGGGGCAGUUUGGGCUUGGGAGAGUGGGAUGUGGCACCUCCAGGGGUUUCCCAUCCCUUAAGUAGCGUUCUUUUCAUUCCCUUUCCCUUCCACCCAGACGGAGUCCUCAUCAAAGACCUUGAGGCGGGGAGAGGGAGAUCUUGUCAAGUUAAGUCCGGCCACAAAGAGUGACAACCAUGGGUGUAGCCAGGAUUUUGGUUGUGGGGGGGCUUUCAUUUUGGGGCCAGAACCUCAGUUUGCUAUGUGUUUUUAUUGGUUUUUAUUGAUGGGGGGCAGCUUCCCCCCCUGCCCCCCAGCUAUGCCUAUGGUGACAAGAGACUUCCCAGGCAAGUUCAGAUACAAGAAUAAGAUGGGAGAAAGCUCUUCUCUUUCGGCUCACACCAGGGAACUCUCCCUGCAAAUGGCACAUGGUUGCUAUUUGACAUCACAAUGAAUUUAUUUUGUACACUUAGGGGUGCCUCCCCACCAUGCCAGGAUCCUGAGACCCACAGGCAUAUCUGGCAGGACGGCGCCAAACAAAGGGUCCUGGACCAAAGUAUUUUCUGAGAUCUUUUUGAUAACUGGGCCAACAAUUCACCCUUCUCCUUGUCUGGCUCUUUUGAAUUUGUAUGUUUGGAUCGAGACCUUAAUAACAAGGAACUGAUUUUGUAUCUGUUGACACUGGCUGGGACCACAACUGCCAAAUUUUGGAAGACCUCAGCAGGGCAGAUUCCUCGCUCCUUCCCAAAGAUGAGACUGUCAAGGCCCUUCUUCUGUAGAGAUCGGGAUUGGCAACUGGCGUCCCUGGGACCAAACUGCCCUCCUGAGACAAAUCAUCUUGUCUAAGCCACAAACAUGUCUUGAGGAAAUGGAUUUCUUUGAGUCUCCCUCCUCCCUCCUCCCUCCUCCCUCCUCCCUCCUCCCUCCUCCCUCCUCCCUCCUCCCUCCUCCCUCCUCCCUCCUCCCUCCUCCCUCCAAAGCCCAACUGCCUUUAACUGUCACACACACACUGUCCCAACUGUCACCUGCCUGUCACACUCCAUCCUCAGCCAAUCAGCACGCAGCACACCCCAAGGUUCCAUCCUCUCACAGCCCACUCACUGCUCUCACUUUACCUUAUAUCCCACAAAUGUUUCUCUACACAACAUUUUACCACAUGUCCCUUAAUAUACAAACCUACACAGGUCAGUUAACAAUGACGAACACCUGUCCAUUUGACUGGGUUGCCCCAGGCACUCUGGAUAGCUUCCAAUAUAAAGAAAGACAUAAUAAAACAUUAAACUUUUUAAAAAAACUUCCCUAUACAGGGCUGCAUUCAGAUGGCUUCGGGGGGGGGGGCAUAACUCCAUACCCUCCAGUAUUUCUCCAAUGAAAAUAGGGACGUCCUAAGGAAAAGCAAGACUUUCCAGGAUCUAAUCAGAAACCAGGGUGAUUGGAAAAUAGGAAAAUAUGGACGCUGUCAGGAAUUGCUCCAGGUGACUCAAGUAAGUAAGCUAAGCUGAAUGGAACAAUGAGGGAAUGCCUAACAGAUCCUCACUGCCUCCUGGCUUGCUUUUGCCCUGGUGUUUUGGAAGCUUCUGAAAAUACCCUUCAAAUCAGCUGCUUGGAUAUAGGAGAGAGCGUUGGCCUGGCCUGAGGCCUCAGAGCUGCCCACCAGGUGCUUUCUCAGAUGAAAAUAGGAACAUCCUAUUCAAUAAUAAAGGGACGCGGGUGGUGCUGUGGGUUAAAGCACAGAGCCUAGGACUUGCUGAUCAGAAGGUCGGCGGUUCGAAUCCCCGCGACAGGGUGAGCUCCUGUUGCUCGGUCCCUGCUCCUGCCAGCCUAGCAGUUAAAAAGCACGUCAAAGUGCAAGUAGAUAAAUAGGUACCGCUCCAGCGAGAAGGUAAACAGUGUUUCCGUGCGCUGCUCUGGUUCGCCAGAGCUUAGUCAUGCUGGCCACAUGUACGCCGGCUCCCUCAGCCAAUAAAGCUAGAUGAGCACCACAACCCCAGAGUCGGUCACAACUGGACCUAAUGGUCAGGGGUCCCUUUACCUUUAUUUAAUAAUAAUAAUAAUAAUAAUAAUAAAAAUAAUUUUACUAUUUAUACCCUGCCCAUCUGACUGGGUUGCUUCUAACAACUUUAAAAAUAUAAUAAAACAUUUUAAAACUUCCUUAUACACGGUUGCCUUCAGAUGUCUUCUAAAGACUGUAUAGUGUUUUAUCUCCUUAGCUGUGAGGUUGCGAAGCUCCAUACCCUCCAGCAUUUUGCCUAUUAAAAUAGGGAUAUCUUAUUUCAUACGCUCCAGCAUUUCUCCAGUGAAAAUAGGGACAUCCUAUUCCAUACCCCCCCAGCAUUUCUCCGAUGAAAAUAGUGACGUCCUAUAAUUACAAACUUCUCGUAUUUCUCUGCCUCCUAUGUUCUUCUUUUUUCUUAUUCUUCUUGUUUAGAAAUGGAUUUCUUUUGAAGAUUGGAGGGGAAACAAUCUGA